AUGUACUUCGCCAUGGCCAUUGACGACUUGCACGCCCAACAUGCCAUGCACGAUUUCUAUUCGACCAAUGCUGGUGGUGGCAACCACAAUGGAAAUGGAAAUGGAAAUGGCAAUAAUAAUGGAGGAGUGCCCAAACUCGUUUCCGAAUCCACUCAACAAUGGAUGCUCAUCCUACUCGUUGUGGUGUCCUUUGCCCUGAUGGGAUAUGUAUUUACUCUUGUCCAGGAACAAGAACGAAAGGAACAAAAGAACAAGUAA